AUGAAUAUGAAGGCCUCUAUCCGCUCUGUUCUCCGCCCCUCAUUUACUCCCUUCACAACUCACACACUCCUCUCACACCACCGCAAUCCUUUUUCGAAAUCUUUACCUUCAAGAUUUGUACAAAUACGCGCCUUCCAACUUCCCAAACUCACAACUCUCCCAGACGAAAAUUCCGUCUCGGAUAAGAAAACCCUUUCAGAAUCCGAACCCUCUUCUCCCAUAGACAGUACUCCCGGUGCUGUCAAAUUAGUAACACCCUUGUCGAAAGAGAACCUCCUUCCAGAAGAGAAGGUCGCUUCAAAUUUAUACUUUCGGAAGACUCAUAUUGGAAAAAAUACCGUUUUAAAAGAGACUGUCGCUUCAGAUUUAUACUAUGUGAAGACUUGUCUUAGAAAGGAAUCCUCUUCUGUCCAAGUCUACGAUUUCAGAUUACAGCAAUUAAUUAAACCCCUGCUGAUGGAACAUGGCGGCAAUUGGCUUUUGACGGCGAAUGGGUUGGGGUUGGAGAGGAUUUUUAAGUUUAAGGGGUUUGACAAUACUUGGCGCUUCAUGAAAAAAGUCGCAGCAAAGAGCAAAAUUGAAAGACAUCACCCAGAAUGGUGCAACAUCUACAACAUCCUAUUUAUCCGCUGGACCACGCAUGACCCUCCCGGCCUAACCGAUACCGAUAUCCUCAUGGCCAAAUACUGCGAUCUCCUCGCCCCCUCUCACCAUGAAAGAAGUGUUCCCCCCCAAGAUCAAUUCCCUCUCUUCAAAGUAUUUGACGAAAUGAUUCAGAGCACGAAAUAUCCCCCUUCUGUCCCUUCUGCCUCUUCUGCCUCUCAUACCCAUACCCAUACCUCUUCUGUGAAUAAUGAGAAUAUUCCACUCAUAAUAAAUAAUUUUCGGACUUUGAACAAAAUGCCAGAACCACCUAUGUUGAAUAAGUACAGUAAAGAAAAGCUGAGAAGACAGUCGAAUAGGGAAAUGAAAGCUGGGAAGAAACCUGAAAUGGUAAUGGAAUCUUCCGUAUUACUAAAGUGGAAAGAAGAGAAUGGAAUGAGGACGAGGACGAGGGAGGAAAAAGAGAAAAGAGAGGAGAACAAGCCUGAGAACGAGAAUGAGAAUGAGAAUGAGAAUGAAGAUAUUUGA